CAUACUGACAAAGUCCCGAACAAGAAGGGUCUGCUUUUUAAAGAUCAGAGUCUAGAUCUUUAAUCACAAAGUGGCGAGAUUUAGAAGGAAAGUCUUGCUCAACACACGAGAUGAUCGUGAGAAGACUCUAACAGGAAAGGCAUUAAUGGAGCACAUCUCAUAUGUCCCUCCACUGGCUCUCCACGGCCUCUCCGUGGAUAACAGUGGAGCGCACUACAAGGACGCGCUUCGACUCGGACUUCCCUUCCACCUUGACGCAGCAUAUCUCGACCCUGUGCACGGCCAGAGGUUACCCUACAGACGAUUCUCCUAUUUCAACUUCCACGGACCCCUCGGGGUGUGUGAUUUCUCCUUCGAGCCCGCGUUCAUCCGGAAAAGGAACGAAAGGGAGCGGCAUCGUGUGCGCUGCGUAAACGAGGGUUACGCGCGGCUCAGAGAGCAUCUGCCGCAGGAGCUGGAGGACAAACGGCUCAGCAAGGUGGAGACACUGCGGGCGGCUAUUGACUAUAUCAAACACCUGCAGAGCCUGCUGGACUUAAACGUGUCCGGGAUGGAGGUGUCACUUGGAGACGCGCGUAACCGUGCGCCGCUGCCGCAGAGGACAGUGCAGCAGUGAUGGAGAAUCCAAAACUGGCCUCAGCGACAGUGGGGGAAAUGUUUACUAGCGCUCACCAUCACUGUACAUUUGUUUAAGUGUAAAAAGUAAAACAUGCCUAAUUGACACAGUGUCUGAUUUUAUUCAGUCUGUACAUUGAGCAUACACUUUAUUAUAGAGAGCGAGCACAAACACAUAGUAAAGUUAUUGGAAAAGAAAGUUUAACUUAACUUUAAAGUUAGAUUAUUUUGUUGCAUAUAAUAUUUUUGGAUGAUAUAUUGAUUGUGUGCCUUAUGGCUUUAUCAACGAGGUAGCUUUUAUUACUGGGUGUAACAUUGAAAACACAGAAUGCUUAAAAAUGGAGAAAAAAAUAUUUAAAUCAGUGAACCAAGUCAUGAUAUAUUAUUAACUUCUGAGUAAGUGAUACUGAUAUUCAUGAGUAACAAAGAAGUCUUGGUCAUGAUGUAGAUGUGAAUAUAUCCAAAAAUGAAAGAAUGGUGACUACCUUGUGGGACAAUUGACAAGUUGAGCCCUUCUCGAUGAAUUCACCACCUGGGAGAUUGUUUUUUUUUGUGUGUGUAUUUUAUAUUAAAUUGUUGUGCACUUGACAACCUAAUCCUAAUAAUUUCUAAUUUAAUGAACAGAAUAAUUUCCAAAGUUCUCAAGAAUGGGAUCUAACAGUAGGAAGGCUGAUCAGCAGUCAGAAGUUUUUUGUAUUAAAAAAUUAAACAAAGCUCACCCCUUUA